UUUUGCCGGCAGCGACGCCUCAAGUUUCGUCAAAAGUAAAGUUGCCAAAUAUACAGAUACCAUCGUUCAAUGGUAAAUAUACUGAUUAUAGACCUUUUAUCGAAAUGUUUACUGCGCUUGUGCACAAUAAUGAAGGGUUUGAUAAUAUACAAAAGUUUUUCUACCUGAGAAGCUUCUUAAAAGCUGAAGCAUUUGAUUUAGUCAAAAACUUACCUGUCAUUGGUCAAAGUUAUUCGGAAGCUCUCAGCAUUUUAGCUGAUAGGUACGAUAAUAAAUAUAAAAUCAUCAAUGAGCACAUUAAUGCUUUGUUUGAGUUGCCUGUGCUAACUAAGUCAAGUCCUAGUGCUUUACGCUCUUUGAUUUCAAUAACAAAACAGCAUUUAGCUGCAUUAAAAAACCUUGAUGAGGCCAUUGAAAAAUGGGACAGCGUUCUCAUUUGCCUAUUAAAUAAAAAACUAGACCCGGUGACUAAUCGAGAGUAUCAUUUGCAUAGGGAUUCCUCAAAACAGCCAACCUUUAAUGAUUUUUUGAAAUUUAUAGAAGGUCGGGCCCUUGCCCUAGAGAACAGUGAGGGACGGAGUGAUCCAGCAAGCUGUGCUGCUGGCAAAGUAGCUCCAGUCAAGGUGACAUCAUCAUCAUUUGUCGCUACCAAAGCAUCCCAAGGCUGUCUGUACUGUGUGCCUGUUGUCGCAGCCUGAGGAGCUGCGCGAUCCUGAUGCCGCACCCAGCUUGGUUCACACACAGUUUGGUUACAUAGUAGGAGGGGAUGUCCCAUCUUCUAUUCUUAAACGACCUGCUGUUUCUCUUUUCUGUCACGAAUGUCAAACCGAUGUACGCGAUACUAUGUCUAAUUUUUGGCAAACAGAAAAGGUACCUGAAAUAUAUGCGGAACAUACAUCUGAGCAACAACAGUGCGAAAAAUUGUUCACUGAAACUGUUAAACUUGAGGAUAAUCAAUUCACAGUUUCAUUGCCAUUAAAAAUACCUAUCUAUGAUGUGAACAAUACAUUGGGGGAUUCAUUUGGGCUAGCUCUCAAGAGAUUUUAUAAUCUCGAGAAGAGAUUUCAGAAGGAUCAGAAUUUGUAUGAAGGUUACAAGGAUUUCAUACAUGAAUAUCUCGACUUAGGUCAUGGAUCAUAUGUUGACAUUUCCUCAUAUGAACUUACUAAAGAUCCUGUGUACUUUAUGGGACAUUCAGCUGUUUUAAGGCCGGAUGCAGUAAGUACUAAGCUACGGGUAGUCUUUGAUGGAUCUAUGUUAACGAGUAAUAAGAUUUCAUUGAAUAAUAUUUUAAUGAAUGGGCCAACUGUUCAACAGGAGCUGUUUGACAUACUGUUGUCAUUUAGAGUGCACAAAUAUUUCAUUGCUUGUGAUAUCAGGCGUAUGUUCCGAAAUAUUUUAGUACAGAAAGAUCAGCGAUCUUUGCAAAAUAUUCUCUGGCGAGACACUCCUAAUGAGUCAAUAAAAUGUAUUCAGCUAAACACAGUUUGCUAUGGAAUGAAGUCAUCAAGUUAUCUUUCGACAAGAUGCUUGAACGAGCUGGCUACGAAAUUCGAGAGGCAAUAUCCUCUAGCCAGUUCGGCAAUUUUAAACUCUACAUAUGUAGAUGACAUCAUUCACACAGAGAAUAGUUUGGCAAAGAUUGUUGACACGCAAACUCAAUUGAUAGAAUUACUUGCUAAAGGUAGUUUUAAACUACAUAAAUGGGCAGCUAAUGACCCUUCAAUAUUGGCAAAUAUUCCAGUAGAGCAGCAGGUUGUUGGAGAACUGGAACUGAAUAAGGACAUCAAAACUUUGGGUUUAAAGUUAGAUAUUGACUCGGAUUCUUUUAAACUUUCAUGUCCAGUGUCAAAAAAUGUCCCUAAGACAAAAAGACAGAUUUUAAGUUACAUAAGCCAGUUCUACGACCCUUUAGGUCUAGCUGGACCCGUCUUUGUCCAAGCCAAAAUCAUCAUGCAAAAAUUGGCUCAAUCUUGUACCGACUGGGACUCGGUGCCCACGCCUAUUUUACUAAAAGAAUGGCUUGAAUUUUACAAUGAUUUGCAGACAAUGAAAGAAAUUAAAAUAAAACGAAAUGUUACUGUUGAUGACAUUCAGUCUGCUCAGCUAGUAGCAUUUGGUGAUGCCUCAAUUUCUGCAUAUGGAGCCGCAAUUUAUUUAAGAGUCACUGACAAGCAUGGCAAAGUAACUAUGUCGCUUCUUUGUUCUAAGAGUCGCAUUGCAUCUAAAGACAAGAAAUUUACUGUGCCACGAUUAGAAUUAAAUGCAUCUCUUUUGAUGGCAAAAUUAUGCUUGAGAGCAUACAAUACAUUAAGUAAAAAGAUGUCUAUUAAAAGCGUGCAUCUUUUCAGUGAUUCUCAGGUUGUUUUGGCAUGGCAAAAAACGGAUCCAACAAAACUGAAUGCUUAUGUUGCUAAUAGAGUCAAAUUAAUUAACGAAUAUACAAAGGGUUUUCAAUGGUUGUAUAUAAAAACAGACCUCAAUCCUUCAGACUGUUUGAGUCGAGGUGUAAAACCUAGCGAACUACAAGGUAACCAACUGUGGUGGUGCGGACCGACAAGCAUGUCUGAUCCAGAGUAUAAGUUUACCGAUGUUAGUAAUGAUAAUGUACCUGAAAACUUACCGGAGAUCAAGCAUGCUGAUAGUUCCAAGCCGGUGUGUAUGGCAUCAUAUCAAUCGGUUUCUCUUGCAAAUGAUUUGUUAGAUAAGUUUUCUAACAUUAAUAAGGCAGUUAACGUGCUUGCCUACAUACAAAGAUUCUGUAAAAAUGUACACCCGGGUUCACAAAAGAUAAAGCUUAAUUUUAUUACUUUUAGCGAGGCAACCCAGGCAUUGCAUAUGUUUAUAAAGAAUGAACAGGAAAGGUUCUUUGACAAAGAGCUGGCCUCUUUGCGAGCAGGUAGGCAGGUUUCGUCGUAUUUACUAUCUGUCAACCCCUUCAUUGAUGCUAACGGUAUUCUCAGAGUAGGUGGAUGUUUGCAACACUCCUCCUUGCCUUAUAGCCAUAAGCAUCAGAUAAUCUUACCAAAAGAAUCUAAGGUAACUUACCUUAUUAUUGAAAAUGAACAUUUGAAACUUUUACAUGCCGGUCAGAAAGAAGUACUUAGCAAUUUAAGUCAACGCUAUUAUAUAGUUAACGGUUUGAGAUUGGUAAAAAAGUUUGUGAACAAAUGUCUCACAUGUUUUAGACUAAAAGGUGUAGCAGCAAAACAGCUGAUGGGUUCAUUGCCCGCUGGUAGAGUCAGCAUAGAUCGAGUGUUUGCUAAGGUUGGUAUAGACUUUGCGGGACCAAUCCUGAUAAAGCAGUCAAGAGUGAGAAGUGUUGUCACUACUAAAGGUUAUAUAGCUGUGUAUGUGUGCUUUGUUACCAAAGCCAUACAUUUAGAGUUGGUGUCAGAUCUGACCACUGAUACAUUCUUGGCUAGCUUCAAACGAUUUAUUGCUAGACGUAAUGUUCCAACAGAGGUUUAUUGUCAGGAUGGGAAGAUAAGAGCCUUAGAAGUAAAAAAGGCUAAUGGUAAAGUUCAUACAACUUCUAUUACUAAAGUGUGUAUACUGCCUUUAGAUGAAUAG